CGUUAGUUCAUUCCUCGUGUUUCACUCAUUCGAUAGCUCCAAAUCAUCGUACAAGGGUGAUUCCACAAUGGCUGAUUCAUUCUCCUGUGAUCCUUGCUUCUUAUUACUUCUCCUCGCCAUUUCCAUCUUCACGCUGUUCGUUGCCUGGUUGUUCCUGAGGUCUUUCUUACCAAAGCCAAAAAUAAAAGACUUCCAUAAAAAGUACGUCCUGAUCACAGGCUGCGACUCAGGCUUUGGGCGGAGAACAGCGAUCCUUUUGGACGAGCUUGGAUUCAAUGUCAUCGCUACAUGUCUCACGACCCAAGGCAAAGAAGGCCUCCAAGAAGUCUGCAGUAGUCGUCUGAUUGCUGCAUUAAUGGACGUUACUGAUUCCGAACAAAUAAGGAACUUCUACGAUGAAGUGAAGAAAAUAAUUCCGAGCGAGGAAGGGUUGUGGGCAGUGGUGAAUAACGCUGGUUACAUGACACUAGCACCCUUAGAGUGGUUCAAACUGGAAGACUACAAGAAAAUGGCGGACACUAACCUGUGGGGCCUGAUUGACGUGACCAAGACAUUUCUGCCACUGCUGAAGAAGGCUAAAGGAAGGAUAGUGAAUUUUGGAAGCAUUGCAGGUUUGGUCAGUCCAGCCACCUUCGCUCCCUACUCUAUCACCAAGUACGGCGUCGAAGCCUUCUCAGAUGCGUUACGCAGAGAGAUGGUCCACUGGGGAGUGAAAGUCUGUAUCAUGGAGCCACAGGCCUUUCAAACACUGUUGCUUCACGAGUUAACUGGCAAGAAGUUGGUGUCACUAUGGGAUGGGAUAAGCGAUGACAUGAAGAAGGAAUAUGGCGAAGAGUACUUAGAACACUGCAAGCGUUACCUUGUAGAAGGAGUCUUUAAGAAAUCAUCCAAAAACAUCGACCUUGUUGUGAAUGACGUCAUUGAUGCCCUCACGUCACGUGAUCCACGCCCUCGCUACCUCAUUGGUAGACAAGCAAAGAUUGUAGGCUUUUUCUCAUUGUUGCCUACAGUAGUGCAGGAUUACAUCUUUAAACCAAUAAUGUGAAUGUGCGCAUGCGCUAUUUAAUCUCUCAAUCACAGAUCCCUGUCUUUCUUACUACGCUUGCUAUACUAAUUAUUGCGAGAAACAUUGUGAAAUUCUUGAAAUUCUAGGGUUUCCCAGAGUCUCCGGCAUUUCGUCGAGCAGGCCCAGUCAGAAUGACAGAAUUUUGGGGUGUAGAGCAUUCUCGUUCAGAGCUCCUCAUCUUGGGUGUUUAUUGUUGUUGAUGUAUCAACCUAGCUACGACUACAAGAAUGCUCAUCGAGAUUUUUCUUUUACUUUCUCAGUCUUCUUUCUUCAUGAGUAUAUUUUAAUUUUUAGUAAACUGAUCACACAAGGUGUGCAAGGGAUUCUGGUAGAUGUAGUAUAUGACGAUAAACUGUGUUUAAAAGGUUCUUUUAUAUUUUUAGAAAAAACUAAUGAAAAAUAGAAAAAUAAUUCGAGUAAGACUUAAUCAUUUAAGAAUUACAUUUUAUACUGUAA